AUGGCACAGACGGCGGAAGAGAUCGGGGCUGAGAUCCUUAUUGUGUCUGAGCCGGCCACCCCCUAUGGCCACGAGGACCGGUGGUGCUUCAGCACGGAUCACAAGGCUGCCGUAGGAACAUCACUGCGCUCAGAGCUUAGUCACGACGGUCGGGGCUCCGGCAGCGGGUUCGCCUGGCUAUCGUUCCGGGGGUUGACCGUUUUCAGCUGCUACUGUAGACCCGGGGCCUCACUGCCGGAGUAUCAACUGUUCCUGGGUGAUCUUGAGGCGGCUAUCCGCGCAAGAGGGGACUCAUCGAUCGUCCUGGCCGGCGAUUUUAACGCCUGGAACGUGGAGUGGGGUUCAAGAACCAACAAUCUUAGGGGCACACCGCUGUCUGAUCUCGCCACAAGUCUGGGGCUGACCCUGGCCAACUCGGGCACCUCUCCUACCUUCGUGAGAGGGGGGGCCACGUCAAUAAUAGAUCUCACGUUCUAUCGAGGCGUGGACCUCAUAGGCUGGAAGGUACCCGGCCUGGAGACAUUGAGUGACCAUAAUUACGUCCAUUUCAACACGGCCGACCUGGCCCAGGCCCCGGUCCAUGCCGAUAUACCCGCUAACGUCUCCCCCGGCUGGUCUACCAAGAAGCUCGACCCAGACACUCUGUGUCGCCAUCUGAGCACCACGCAACUAGGAGCUAACGUCGGUGCCGCUUGUGCUGAGACAGCGCUGUCCUCGGCUGAAUCACUUGACUUGUUUGUGUUAGGCGCCUGCGAAGCUUCCAUGCCCAGGAAGAGAAAGGGCCCCCAGGGCCGGCGGCCGGUGUUCUGGUAG